AGUCUAAUCCCUUGUGUGGCCACUCUAUUACAUUCUGGAAUUUGGAAAAGAAAAACAAUCCAUUCUCGUAGAAAUCGUUAUUGACCUUUAUUAGAAAUAGCAAUUUCCGUGUUGUCCUCAACCUUAACAUCUCACCUAAUUUGAAUAUCUUUUCCUAAGCAAACACAACUUCUCAAUUGCUUUGAGAUCUCUUACGGGUGUAGCUUCCUUUCUGAAUUCGCAAUGUCAUCUCCUGCAGAGUUCUAUAAAUCACUUCCACCUAUAAGCAAGGCUUACGGAACUGCUUGCCUGUUGUUUACCAUUGCAUAUCAGUUGGGAUGGUAUCAUCCUGAUGAUAUUGCAUUAUUAUAUGAGCUAGUAUUCUCUAAGUUUCAGGUAUGGAGAUUGAUUACAACUUUCUUCUUUCUUGGAAAUUUCUCAAUUAAUUUUGGGAUUCGCCUCUUAAUGAUAGCGAGAUAUGGAGUGCAACUGGAGAGUGGACCUUUUCAAAGACGAACAGCAGAUUUCCUGUGGAUGAUGAUAUUUGGAGCUUUGACAUUAUUGGCUUUAUCUUCAAUCCCCUUCUUCCGUUCCCCACUCUUGGGUGUAUCACUAGUUUUCAUGCUUCUGUAUGUCUGGAGUAGAGAAUUCCCAACUGCUAAUAUCAACAUUUAUGGUCUUGUGACCCUAAAGGCAUUUUACUUGCCAUGGGCCAUGCUGGGUUUAGAUGUUAUUUUUGGUUCACCAAUUAUGCCAGAUCUCUUGGGGAUCAUUGCUGGACAUAUCUAUUACUUCUUAACCGUGUUGCAUCCACUUGCUACCGGGAAGAAUUUGCUGAAGACACCAAUUUGGGUACAUAAACUGGUUAUGCGUUGGAGGAUUGGUGCACCAACUGGUACUCCUACACAACCUGAUAGUCCUGGUGCAGCUUUCAGAGGGAGAUCUUAUCGGAUUGGUGGAGCAACAGCUUAUCCUGCACAACCUGACAGGGGUUCUGGUGUAGCAACGACUAACCCUGUGCAACCUGAUAACGGUUCUGGUGUAGCAUUUAGAGGGAGAUCAUAUCGCCUUGGUGGGUGAAUUGCUUCAUUUUCCACCAACCAGUAGCUUCAAGUCAACAGUGAAUUUUUAUUCACGUUAUCUUGAUAACGCAAGCCAAGGGAGUCUUCUAGUUUUAUUUCUAAAUAUAGUGUUGAAGGUGUAAUUCUGCCAAGGGCAUAAGUUGAAACCCAGAUGAAUGCAUAAUCAUCAGUGAUCACCCCCUUCCUGAAGUAAAACUGAUUGUGUAGAUUCAUUUCUUCCUAAAUUUUCCUGGUAGAAGAUUUUACAGAAGGUCAACUGAAAAGAGAUAAUGUCAAUCCGUGAGGGAAGCAGUGAUAGGUGAAAUUUUUUCUUUUGGAUAUUUGCUAAUUUUCCAUGAAAAACUGACAGUGGAUGCAGGUCUGGUACUUUAGCAUCUUUUGGGACUCAAUAUUUUUUCUGAGUCAUAUAGAUUCCUAGCUUCUACCACCCAAAAUGGAUUGAUGGUGCUGCUAUGGUAUGAAGUGUUGUUAUUUUGAAUAAAGCUGUUUUUUUUAAUCCUCCCCAGGAGCUGCCAUCUUUUUUGCUUCCUUGGUGACUCAAACUCACAACCUUAUGAUUAGAAGUGAGUGGUGCUUAUCAUCCGAGCAAUUUCAUCUUGUCUGAAUGAAGUUGUACUGUUCUUGACUGCUGACUUUUUAUUAAAAAAAACUGUCAUUCGAAUCGUG